AUGCUCGCUACUCCUGCGCCACCGAAACAAUUGUCGAUGACGCUGACGGACGAGCAACUGGCGUCACUUCUGAGUAUUGAAGGAGAUGUUCAACUCAAGGCGGCCCAACUCGGUAUGCUCUGUAAUGAGUAUCGCGUAAAUUUGGAGCGUGUACUGUACCACUAUGAACCUUUAAUGGCGCCUUUACGUGCUAUUAUCUAUGCUGGGGGACAAAAGCAGCAGUAUAUUGAGACACAACUUGUUUGGUUGGAACGUGUUAUUGUUCUUCAGGAGCGUCGUGGUGGGACACUAACGGUUCCUCUGCGUGAACUAAAGGCGAUUGAGGAUGAUCUUAUGUUGCCUGUGAACAAGGCGUUGCGGGCGAGUUACCAGCAGUUGGAUGUUGUCACCCGCGAGGAGCUGGCGGUGCUGCGUGACUACGAGUGUCCCCCACCGGCGGCGUUGGCGACGAUGGCGAUGGCGCUGCGGGUGCGGGAGGACGAGGACACGGAGUGGUCCACCGUGCGUGUGGUGCUGAGCGAGAGUUAUUUCUUCACCUUCUUCAUCAGCCGCGCCCAGACGCUCCUGCAGCGGCCGCUCCCGCCCGACGUGGCCGACGCCCUCGAGGGGUACUGCGCGGCCCCCGCACACGCCCCGGCGGCCCUCGCGCGGGUGUCGGUUCCCCUCGCGGCCAUCGGCGCGUGGCUCCACGCCGUGCGGGACUAUCACCGCGUCCGCCGCCUCUGCGACCCGUCGCUGCCGCCCGUCGCCGUGGAGGAACGCCGCCGCACCGUCGCCCUCCUCCGACACGAAUUGCAGGCACUCAAGGAGGACAUGCACAGCGCCGCGGAGGAGCUGCAGAAACUCCAGCAGCAAAUUACACGAAAGAUGUUUGAGGUACGGAGUGAGUAUGAUGAUACCAUGUGCACCCUCCAUGACGUCUUAGAAAAGAAAACAGAGGACUUCGUCAAGGUACUUGGCGGGGAAGAGUUAGAUCCGGAAGAGGAAUCUAAUAAGGAAGAACAAAAUCAGCAAGAACAAAAGGAAGGCGAGGAAGAUGGAAAUGCACCCGUGCAAUCCAAAGAGUCUUUGAUUUAUAUGAAUGUACAGGAGAAGGAAAAAGAGGGAGGAUCAGGUUAA